AUGAAUGCCAAGUUAUGCUCAGAAGAAGGUAAAGACUUGGAGGAUGCAACUAUGUAUCAGCAACUAGUAGGUAGUUUGAUCUACCUCACCCUCACUCGGCCAGACAUUACAUAUGCAGUUGGUAUAGUAAGCCGGUAUAUGCAAAAGCUAAAGAAACCUCAUCUAGAAGCAGUUCGCCGAAUACUCCGAUAUAUGAAGGGUUCAAUUGACUUAUGUCUUUUGUACAAGAAAGGCGAAGCAUGCAAGGUAAUUGACUAUUGUGAUGCCGAUUAUACGGGAGAUCAUGACAUACAGAGGUCAACUACUGGGUACGUGUUCAGCCUUGGUUUAGGAGCAAUCUCUUGGUGCAGUAAGAGACAACCUACAGUAUCAUUAUCUACCACAGAGGCUCAAUACAGAGCAACAACAAUGGCAGCUUAA